AUGGGGGUAGGUUUAAGUGAUCUAAAAUCAGAAUCUAAACAGAAACAGAUCGCAACGUACCCUAAUCAGAAGCCGUGGAUCAACAAGGAGGUGCAACUUCCGCUGAAAGCCUGCAACACUGCCUUCAGAUCAGAUGAAGCUGAGGCUUACAGCAAAUCCAAGGCCAACCUGAGGAGGGCAAUCAAAACGGCCAAGUACUGCUACAAGCUAAAGCCAAGCAACUCCACUAUAACGGUCAAACACGUCUCUUUCCUUAAAGAGCUGAAUGACUUUUAUGCCUGCUUCGACAGUGACAGCAAGGAGACGGCCACCAAGAUCACACUCUCAGCAGACCACCAACCCCUUAAACGCCAAAAGAACCAGUUAUCUUCAGCCAUCCUGGUGAACUUCUACCGGUGUGCAAUCGAGAGCAUCUUGAACAGUUCAUCACAGUCUGUGAAACAGAACAGAACAGUGAAGCGCAAUGGCUUCAGCCUGGAGUUCCUGGGGAUGAUCCUGACCAUCUCUGGGUGGCUUGGCGUGAUGGUUGCCUGUUGUUUGCCCAUGUGGAGAGUAGCGGCGUACAUAGGCCAGAACAUCGUCAUCACUCAGAUCGUGUGCACCAACUGCACCUCAGAUACAGCAAACAAGCCGCGCAUUAUGCUGGCAGCCGGGGUGACAUUUAUAAUGUGUGGUCUGCAGCUGCUAGUGGCCGUCUGUUGGACAGCUAACGGCAUCAUCCUGGAUUUCCACAACCCUCUUCUAGAGGAGACGCAAAAAAGGGAGUUUGGGAACUCGCUGUACUUUGGAUGGGGCGCCUCCUGCCUGUUGAUCCUAGGUGGAGCCAUUUUGUCUUGUUCCUGCUCCUCAAAAGUACAGAACAAUUCUGUGCCGAAAAGAGUGGACUACUCAGGGGUCAAAUCUGUCUCUGUGAAUGGAUUUGACAGGAGAUACUAUGUUUGAGAGGUCUGAACCUUUGCACAUGAUGGACCUUGAGAGAAAAGCCAAGAAGACUGCUAAAUGACGAUUUAACAAAUUAUUGACUGAUGCUGAACUUUGAUUAACAACCAGGCAACUGUUUUUAUUUUAAUUUCAUUUUAUAUUGUAUUUGUUAUUGUUGCAAUUACUUUGUCUUUUGAUCAAAGUUUUGCAUGAUCCAAAUUCUAAUAGGUGAAUAAUAAGUUGCUCUUUUAUAUCAUUGAAAUAAUGAUAAUAAAUGCAGAUUUUUCCAUGCAUAUUGCAAAAUUAAUGGUUACAUUUUAUUUUGAGUCCACUUGAGACAUUCUAAUAACUAUAAGUAAAUUCGUAACUAACUCUCAUUAGAGUAUUAGUAAACUGUUAGGUUAAGUUUAGAGUUAGAAGAAUAUGUUGUAAUGUAUGUGUAAAGUUACGUAUAGUGGAUUGUUAAAAUAAAGUGUUACCAUAUUAAUUUAUGGACAGACAUGCCUGUAUGUAUUUAAACAGGCAUGAAAUAACAUUAAAUCAACAAGGAACUGUAGCAAAAAAAACAACAACAAAAAAACAAAGAAAAGAAACGAAAAAGAGAAAAGAAAGUUGGAGAACUCUGAAACUAGAGUGAAGCAAACAUUGCCCCCAAAACAUGCACUUUGUAAUAAUUUGAAACCAAUCCUUCUCUUAAAGGUCAACCACAUCUAUAAAUGAUACUCUCCGUGUCAGCCCAGACAUGAAUGGCUGGUUGUUCUAGUAAAUCUCUAAACCUCUUUGUGCCUAAUUCUUUAGUCAAGAGAGUGUAACUGAGACUUCCACGGGUGAAGAUAAAAGCACCUGCUAUAUUACAGAGACGAUGCAUCUUCUGUAAAUAUUUCUCAAAAUGUUCAGUAAUUUGGAAAAUAUGUAAAGCUCUGAUAGGUUAAUAUGCUAACCUACUUUUAAAUAGUAAUUAAAUAUUAUCCUUCAAGGUACUGUAACAGUAUUUAGUUUACUCUUUAUUAAAUUAAAAUAUUUACAUACCAAUGUGUAUGAAAGAAAACCUACAUUUGAUGUAAAUAGAAUUUGGAGAUGCUUAUUCCACUUGUUCUGCAUGCUCCAACAUAAAUAAACAUUGCAAAGGUUGAUGAAAGGUCACCAGGCUUCACAUAUCAAUGCAUGACUGAUUAAAGACUAAGUGUGCACAUAAUGUGUGUGAGAGAGAAAGCAAGAGAGUCAAUAAUGCCUGAUGCUGUUUAGGUUAGAGUGAUCCUAUUACUGUGUGGCCUUGAGGAAUUGUGGAUUGCUGAUAGCAACUAUGCUGUCAGGCAUCACUGAUUCAGUCUUUUGACUGUUGACUCUUAGCCCUCAGUGACUUUAUUGCUCCUUCUCAGGUGACAAAUCAAUUGAAUUAUCAUUGUCACAUCAAUCUCUGCUCAUUGUAUCCAAAAAUUAAGUUUGUGAUGGUAGUAUACCUGUUUAUGUACCUGAAGCAUGCAUUCAAUCCUAAGCCAUUGGAAGUGUUUCAUUCAAAAGUCUAGACAUGCAGUAGUCAUGCCAGUUAUCCUUUAACUAGUUGCCGUUGGGCUUUUCUUAUCUACCCACCAUUUGGUCUCUGAG